AUGAAGAUGGGCAAGGUAAUCAUUGUGACCAAUGCAAUGGAACCUUGGGUGGAGACGUCUUGCAGGAACUUCUUGCCCGCCUUGAUGCCCAUCGUUUCGCAGGUGCAGGUCAUUUACGCCAGAUCAGUCUUCGACACCAUGACCUGCGAAGCUGCAAAGAAGCAGGCACGUGGUUCGUCACCUGGCCGAGCCCUGCCUGGUCUGUAUGCCGCGAAUGGCAUGAACAAGUUGAGCGGGUCGAGCCAGCGCAUGGCUGCGGCGCCCGUUGAUGAGAUGGCCCCACAAAGAUGGAAGGAAAUCGCCUUCGAGCAGGAGAUCACUGGCUUCUACUCUCGGUAUGCGCAUCAGAGCUGGAAGAACAUCAUCUCCAUUGGUGACUCUAUUUUCGAGCGUGAUGCUGUCCGAAGAGUGGUGAUCAACCGGCCCACUGCAAACAGAAAGUGUCGAACCAAAACUGCCAAGUUGCUAGAUGAACCGGAGAUCGACGAGUUGGUUGCCCAGGUGCGAGUGAUACACGAUGCGCUGGGGUUGAUGGUGCAGUAUGAUGGCAACCUCGACAUUGAGAUUGAUGAGGAAGACCUCAAACUAGAUCUCUCCCUGGCGGAGAAGAUCAUGGACCGGUGA